UGUAUUUAAAUACGCCUUGAUAGUUGCCGAAAGAUCAACAUACAUAAAUACAUACAUACGUCAGUUGUUGCGAAGUAAACUAUUAGUUGAUUUUAUUUUUCCAUUGGCAAUAAAUUUUAUUUAUUGGACGUUAUUGAAUAAUCAUAAUGGGCAAUAAGUCGUCACUGCUGCUGCGUCCAGAGGAGAUCGCGCAAAUUCAGGAAGAGACGGGUUUUACGUCAAAUCAAAUAGAACGUUUGUAUUCCCGUUUCACUUCAUUGGAUCGAGGCGAUUGUGGAACAUUAUCUCGUGAGGAUUUUUUGCGCAUACCCGAACUAGCCAUCAAUCCACUUUGUGAGCGCAUUGUACAUGCCUUCUUUGAAGAUAGCACUGAUGAUCGCGUAAAUUUCCGGCAAUUCAUGAAUGUGUUGUCACAUUUUCGACCAAUUAAUUCGAAAAAGGAAAAUGGCUUGAAUAGCCGUGAAGAGAAGUUAAAAUUUGCAUUCAAAAUGUAUGACCUAGAUGAUGACGGUGUCAUAAGUCGGGAUGAGCUGUUGAGUAUUCUCCAUAUGAUGGUCGGAGCAAAUAUCAGUCAGGACCAGUUAUUAAGCAUAGCCGAACGCACAAUCCUGGAAGCUGACUUGUGUUGCCAAGGAAAAAUUUCUUUUGAGGACUUUUGUAAAGCUUUAGAACGAACUGAUGUUGAACAAAAAAUGUCGAUUCGUUUUCUUAAUUAAAUUUGUCUACGUUCUGAGUAGAGCUAUUAUCAAAAAAUAGCUCCUGAUGUGCAUUAAAAUAUUAAGAAAGUUAUAUUCGCUCUCUGCAGCAAAUGCGUUUAUUGGAAUUCUGUUGUGCAUGAACUAGUAACGUAUGUACUUGCACAUGUAGUAUGUGUGAACGCAGUUAUAGGAAUAAAGUAAUAAGAACUCUUAAAAAGCAAAUACUUCUAAAAAUGCUAAUAUUUCAA